GCGCUCGGUGGGCGUCGGGGGGCUGCUCGCCCCUGUUUCUCAAUAGGAGGUUUCGUCCGUCGGGUACAGGGCAGCCCCGAUAGGAAACGGGGUGCCUGGCUGCGGGUCCCCACCCGCGCGCUGGAAAGGACUUCUCAGUGCUCCACCGCAGGCGACCGCGAAGGUCAAGAAAAGGUUUCUUCACAAGGGAAGGGGACAUGAGGACAUGCACAGCUCAGGGAGAAGAGUGGGAGACACAGUUUUAACCCUUUGCACCCCGCCGGCCCCUCUCAGGGGACAUCGGAAUUCCAGCGUAUCACUCAGAUGUCCCCUCUCAGGGGACACUGCAAUUUAUUACUGAUUACGGGGAAUUGAGGUUAUUUCAACACAACUUUUUGAGACAUGCAUGUUUCCCUGAAGUUUUAUCAUGAAAUGGCACAAGAAAUUAAAUCAAAAUAUCGUAAAAUGGUUUGAAGUGCAUUAAAUGAGUCCUACCCGAUCCCCGAUCUGGACUCCCAAAUGGUGCUCUGAGAGCUGGCGGCGAGCCAGGAGCCGUGAAGCCAGGAGGCGAGCGACAGAGCGAGAGACCCCAAGGCCCACGUGUUUGGUUUUUAUACCCAACCUGGCUGCCCAACUCCACCCUCAGGUCCCAGCCACCCUCCCUUUGGUGGUGACGGGGUUUGUCUUUCCCAAUGUCCUGAUGGCUUUGGUCUGGAGUGGGGGUGGGGUCCACAAAGCCUGUAUGGGAUUAGCGCAGGACAUCCUUUCCCCCUAACACAUCCUUGUCACAAAUGGUUUGUGCGCGGGGCGUUCCGCGCUCUAAAGACAGACGUUUCGCUUUCUGAAGAGCCGUAGACGUGCUGUUUGAACAUCGUGACAGGUUGCAUUUGGAUUUAUGAUCCAUGUAUUGAUUUUUACAAAAUCAAUGAAAAAGAAUUAAAAAGAAUUAUUUUGGUUUUAUCCUUUCUUCACCAUAACUAUUUUCUUGUCCUCUCGCCCUUGCCUUCCAACCUGCGUUAGUAGCAUGUGAGAGGCAAGAGGGCGAGACUGGUUGUCACCUCGUAGAGUGCAGCAUUCUUAAUAUCCUGAAGAGCUUCCUAGUUCGUCAUGGAUUCGAAAGAGAUUUUUCUAGAGUGAAGUUUUGAAAGGAAAGGCAGGUCCGUGAAUGGAUAUAGAGAUGUCAUUUCACCGACAGGUCUUUGCAAGAGCAUGACGUGGCAUGGAUCCCUAAUGUGCACUCCCCAAUAGGCUGGAUCGCCUGGGUAGCACUGGGAAAUUGUAAUGGUGAGGAAUGCCCUAAAAAUAUCAAGGUGAUGUUGAGGAAACAGUGACUUCUUCCUGGGGCUCUCUGAGAGAUUUGGCAGGAGAGGCCAAGCUCAGCCAUCAUUUACCGAGUCACGGACACGCGUCACUUCCUGCUGUGGUCUUGUUUUACAGUGUGUACGCACAACUCUGUUUUGUAAAAUACAUUUAAUCUCCAUGUCGUGAGAGUUUCUAUUGAGUCCUCCGAAGAGUUCAGUAUGGAGCGGUUGUUUUGAUUGAAUUGUCAUAACUCUAGUUUUUUGUCCCUGGUACAUUCUCUGUGUGGCCAGUUAAAGUGUUAUUUCAUCUGUAGGUCGUACUUAGCACCCAUCUUCCCUAAGCCCACCCCUUGUAGUAUUUGAGGAACUUACUCCUUUACACAGUCCUAUCACAGCGGUUCCCCAAGCUUUUCUAGGCAUGCUCCAUUAUCACAUUUGGUUGAAUGAAUAUUGUCUUAUGUUUGCUUGAGUUUUUACCAUGAUCCUCAAAUUGUUCUUCCUUUUUCAAUGAUAGACUGUGAAGAGGGGACUUGUAUUUUUCAUUGUCUUGCAUGUUUUUCCAAGCUGAGUUUUCAGAAAUUCACAAUUUUCUUUUCUCAAAUGUUUUAGUACUUGAAUUAAAUCAUAAAGUUAUUGGCGUAUUGUUUUCCUUUGUUAUCUUUGACAAAGCUUUCAUAGCUUUCAAUUUGUCUAAUCCUUUCAGUGGUUUUUACCUAAUCCUUUUUCCUCUUGCUCAUGUUAAACCCUGUGCAUAAACGCGCGGCUUCUAGGCACUGUCCAUCUGCCUUCCCUCUGUCCCCGGGGUGCUCUCUUCUCUGAAAGGGCUUGAUUUUUGCAUUUGGAAGUUCUGGGGUUCUGCCAAGAUGUUUUUCCUUCUUUUUUCUUAUCAUCUCUCACUUUCAUUCUUGUAAUUCUCCCUUGAAGUCUUAUUAAAGUACUUAAUGGUAACCCUCCCAUUACCAAAAUUACUGGAUAAUUUUUAAAUGUUUCAAGGCGAAGGAUUCCUAGAAUAGUAAUAUUUAAUUUUUUACUCCUACCACUUCUACACUUUAGCCUUUUAAAAUAGUUCAUGUGCUGUUAUUUAAGUGAUGGCAGCGGCUUGGGGAGAGCGGCAGGGCGGAGCUGGGGCGCGGCAUUACACUGUGAAUGCAGCACAUCUGUGUGUGCGGGGCCCCGGCUGCGACUGCUGGUAACUGAAGAAAAGACCAGCACUGCAGCCGAGUUCUCAGCGUUCACGGCUGCCUUGGAGGCUUGGACGCGUGCCCAAACACACCUGUCCCUGGGCACCACCGACCCGCCCCUCGCAGGGCUGGCCUGUUUAGUAUGUGUAGGGGUUCCCUGCUACCCCUAUAUUUCCCAGGAGAAAGUGAUAAAAUAAUUUUCCAUUUCAGUCUGAUUCUGCCUGGGAGUCAAAGCCCACGACCAGUGCCUCAUUACCCAGCUCUCCCCGCUCCUGGUGCACCCUGGGCAUGCAGGGCACCUCAGUCUAUAAGCCUUAUUUAUGGGGUGUCUCUUGGGGUGUUGUGAUCUGUCCUGGAUAUCGGGUAUUCAGAUCCUUGCAUUAAUCAGGGGCUUCUCUUUUAGAGCUGACCGAAAUCCCCGUCCCCCUGCUGAGUGCCUCACGGAGGACUUAAAAGCAGGUGCCCAGCACCCGGCUGCCCCCCGCCAGCGUCUGAACGACUUGACUCCCCUGUUCUUCGGAUCCCUCAGCUCUCCCCACCAGGCAAGGAACCCAGAUUCUUCAAGCCGGGACAUCCUUCAGCUGGCGGAGAGACAAGCUUGGUUACCCGGGUAGCGCCCGCCUCUGGGAUGCCGAGCACGCGCUCCUUCCUGCGCGCUGCCGGGAAGACUCGGCUCUCCAGAGGUUGUAAGCAGUUGAACAUGCUAGUCAAACACUCUGAACUACGGAGCUGUGUACCUGACACCUGCGGCUUUGCCGGCUUAGUGGUGGACUGUCUGUGAGCGGCAACCAGAGAGAAACAGUCGGCAACUGAGUCGCUGACGAUGCAGUCACUGGAAUCAGUGACAUUGGAAGAUGUAGCUGUCGACUUCACCCGGGAAGAGUGGGCCCUGUUGGACCCGUGGCAGAGGCAGCUCUUCAGAGAUGUGAUGCUGGAAAAUGUCAGUCAUCUGGUCUCCAUGGGGUAUCAGCAUUCCAAAUCAGAUCUAAUUUUCCAGUUGGAGCAAGAAGAGCUGUGGAGUGAAGGAACAGGGUUUCUCCAAGGCCAGAGCCCAGGCAGGGAAAGUGCCCCUACAAAACCAACAACAAUAGCCACACAUCAUAUCAGCAGGAAGGAUGCAUCUACCAUCAAGGCAAUGCAGAUUCCCUUUGAAUGUAACAGUAUGGGAGAUUCCCCUUAUUGCGCCACACUGAACGAACAUUUAUCGGCUCCCACAGAAAAGAAACCCUGUAUCAGAAAGCAGUGUCGGAAAUCCCUUGGUGGCCAGCCAUGCCUUCAUCAGCACAAGCACAUUCACAGUCAAGUUAAAGCCUGUGAAUGCCAUCUGUGCGGGAAAGCCUUCAGUAACUGCUCCAGUCUGAGACGGCACGAGAUGACUCACACUGGAGAGAAACCUUACGAAUGCCGUAUCUGUGGGAAUGCCUUCAUUCAAAGCUCUGACCUUAGAAAGCACAAUCUGACUCACACUGGAGAGAAACCGUAUGAAUGUCACCUGUGCGGGAAAGCCUUCAGUCAGUCCUCUAACCUCAGGCAGCAUGCAAGAACGCACACUGGAGAACAACCGUAUGGAUGUCACCUGUGUGGGAAAUCCUUCAGUAAGUGUUCUGCCCUUCGACGACACGAGAGAACUCACACUGGAGAGAAACCAUAUGAAUGUCAUCAGUGUGGAAAAUCCUUCAGUCAGUGUUCUGCCCUUAGACGACACGAGGGAAUCCACAAUGGAGAGAAAAUGAGUGCUUUUAGUGAAUAUUCUGACCUGAGAUGACAUACAAUGAUGAUUCAUUAUAUUUAGGAGACGUCAACUAUAGCUUUAAUGUUUAAACACACCAGAAGACUCAUACAUUGAAGGGAUACUGCAACUGAUGUGGAAGAUCCUCUAGUCUUUCUAACUUGACAUAUGCACAUGUAUGUGGCCUUGAAUACACACGUAUGACAUCAAAACCUUCAGUCAUUGGCCUGACCUUCGAUGACCCGAGAGAACUCCUACUGUACAUAGAAAGAACGAGGUUGUCUUCAGCAGCAGUUGUACGUUUGAAACACACUAAAGGAUUGACACAGGUCAGACCGCCUGGGAGUGUCAUCCAUCUGAACAAAUAUUCAGCCAAGCACCAGUCACGUAUGCACAAGAAAGCUCAGUGAACGAGUCACUGCUAACCCAGGAUGUGAGCGAUGAAUGUGCUUGAGGAUUACCAAGCAAUUCAGAGAAGUGAGUCAAUUAAAAUCCAACAGAACCCUUAUUCCCAGAGCCAUUCUGUGACACAUAGGAGGAGUCAGAUUGUACAGAGCACUCAGUGUCACGAAAGAAGGUUCUCAAACCAAGGAGACGGUAGUCCAAAAACCAAAGUGGAGAAAACUUCAGCUAGAUUUCAUAUCAGAUAACGAAAUCUAGGAGAAAAAUACUCUAAAAAUCUUUUAAUAUACAAAUUAGCAACUAAUUAAGAAUCGACAAAAUUUCCCAGGGAAAGGGUGACAUCGCCAAGAUAGUCAAGUGGUCUGGGAAUACUGAACUGAUUCUGGGAGUAUGCAAAAUUUUGUAAGAAAUUAAAGUUUGCAAUAGAUUUGUAAAGAUGUGAGUAAACCGUGUUGCUAAAAAAGUCUAGUGAGCUGAAGUUCUGCUUGUCCUUAUGCAGCUGUAGGCACCUGUUUAGGUCUGCGCUCCGCGGCACUUGGGCUGAAGUCUUAGCCCAACUCAGAGUCUCUCCCAGCAGCUCCUUCCACACAGCUCAUCCCCACGCAUCCUCUCUCCUCACUGACAUAGUGCGCUCUGUCCUGGCCCGCGGGUGACACAAGAUCCCUCACCCCGUGCUUGGUUGCUCCAGUGUGCCGUGGCCCUGGCUUGGCGAGGUCAUGGGGGGGAAGUACCAAUGACACUGAUGUCCACCACUGUGUCAGCGCCAGCCCCGUCACUGUGGGGACAGUUACAGACCAGAGGCACGGGUAGCUCAGCACUUCCAGGCCACAGAACACUCCUUGAAUUUCUCCAUGAAGCCUCUGAGUUGGGCUAAGUGGGGGCGGGAGUUCUUCGUCCCAUGACCACAUCCAGUACCUUGACUGGGUGAGUCCUGAGCUCUGCACCCAGUCAGCUCCCCGCCAGUGCUUUCUCCUUCCACAGCAGCUCUGCCGAGAGCACUCAGGCAAGCUGCACCCCCUAAGGUAUCCCACACCACAGAAGCCCGCAACGUACUGCAGAAUGAAAGUUCUCACAAAGGAAUUGCACAUGUAUUCCCUUUGAAGAAACCUAAAAACUGAACUCAAGCUCAAGGGGAAAUGCUUCCGAGAGAGAACUCAGCUGGCGGAUGCUCUCCCAACUGCCACCGUCCCCACUCACAUCCCGAGGCCCUGUGAGUGAACACAGUCUUGCCUCCCAGUGAUACCUCACUGUUUUCAAACCCCCGGCCCCCCAAGCGAUUCUAUGGUGCAGCGAGGGUGGAAACAGUCAUGUGAGGAGGAGGAACUAAAAUUCAACAUUCUGGUAUCUUGGCUGGAGAGGCAGAGACAAGAGAAGUGUGAAGAAGGGCUCAGGGAACAAAUAAGUCCAGACCCUGGAGACACACCUCGUGGGUUCUCAUUUCCACCGUCACAGUCCAGGAGAUGUUACUCAGUCUUUUUGUGACUCAGUUUAUUCAACUCUAAGGUGGAAAUGAGCUGAGGGCUUCAUUCUUGGCGUGGCUACGAGGCUACUGCGGUGGACCAGAGGCCCCAGCUGGCGGCGGGCAACCGGCACUUCUGUCAAGACCAGGUAGAUCCCCCUGCUGUGUUCCUGCCCCCAGGGAAAUGGACAGUAAGAAGAGAACCUCUCAGUUUAAUUGGCAACAGCUGAUAAUGAUCAGGGGCUGACUGUUAGCACCAGGCUUUCCUGGCCGGGAAUCCCCGGGAUGUGCCUGUGGCUUCAGUAGCCUUCUGGGCUUUCUGAAUUUGAAACAAGAUUUUAAAGCCAAAUUGCCGUCUGCUUCCCAUCAACAAUUGUGUUCAGGUCUGUUAACCUUUUUGGGGGUUCAUUUAUGUAGCAUUCUAUUUCUUCCUUCCCCCCUGCACCCCGCCUCCCGUGCGCCCUGGUCCCUCCCCUCCCCCGUACCUGGGGGCCCUCCGGGUGCCCAUUCAUUGCCCAGGAGCUUUUUAAAAGAGGCUGAUCAAGGCACCCGCCCAGGAAAUACCCUGGCUUGUCCGUUUGUUUUUGUUUGUUUCUGUUGUUUGUGUUUGUUUUGUUUUGUUUGUUUUUGUUUGUGUUUUUUUGUGUUUGUUUUUGUUUGUUUGAUUUGUUUGUUUAUGCUAGUUUUUGUUAGUUUUUGUUUUUGCUUGUUUUUGUGAGUGUUUGUGUGUUUUUGUUCUGUUUGUUUCUGUUUGCUUUGUUUUUUUUAGUUUUUGUUAGUUUCUGUUUGUUUUUGUUAGUGUUUGUUUUUGUUAAUUUUUGUUAGUGUUUGUUUUUGGUUUUGUUUUUGCGAGUGU